GCAUAGUUAAUACGAUUCUAGUAUGAAUUUCAAUAGGGUAAACGAGCAGCAUUUAAACCUUAAACCGCAACGCUAAAUAUACUAUCGCCGAUGAAAUUUUGAGAGAUCCACAUAGGUUUGCAGUUGCAUAUCAUCGAGGUUCUUUGGUGAAUUUUCCUGUGUAUAUAUACGUUGGAGAAGAGAGAGAGAUAGUAUGGGUCGUGAUCCGCUGAUUGGACUGGUCGGCAAGCCGUCGAGUGGGAAGUCGACAAUGUUAAACAGUCUGACCGACGCGACAGCAAAGACAGGCGCCUUCCCGUUCACGACGAUUGAUCCCAACAAAGCGACAGGGUACCUCCAAAUCGACUGUGCGUGCGCGCGCUUCGGGCUCCAGAAGCAUUGCAAGCCAAACUACGGGUCCUGUCGGGAUGGAAAGCGGUUUGUGCCGGUUAUGUUGCUGGACGUGGCUGGGUUGGUUCCUGGUGCGCAUGAGGGCCGUGGACUGGGGAAUAAGUUCUUGGAUGACCUGCGCCAUGCAGACGCAUUAAUCCACGUCGUGGACGUCUCGGGAAGCACAGAUGCGGAAGGCAAAGCAACUGAAGGCUACGACGCGCUACAAGACGUCGAGUGGCUCAGGGGCGAGAUAUUGCGGUGGAUAGAGGGGAAUUUGAAGGAGAAAUGGGGGUCUAUUAAGAGAAGACAUGUGUCUACUAAAUCCACAUCCGUUGCGACGUUGCAAAAUCAAUUUAGUGGAUACGGAAGUACGACGGCGGUCGUGCAGAGAUGUCUGGACCGCAUAAAACUCACAGAACCACUCGAGAACUGGUCAGACCAGACGGUCCACCGGAUGGUUUCCUCGUUUGUUGACGAGAAGUUUCCCACAGUACUGGCGCUAAACAAAAUUGACCACCCAGAUUCAGAUCGCUGCAUAUACCGUAUAUCGCGGAAAUACGACCCCGAGAAAAUCGUGCUGACGUCGGCGAUCUCGGAGGUGUUUAUCCGCAAGCUGGUCAAGCAACGGUUUGUGCACUACGAGGAAGGCGGCGACGACGUAAUCACGAAAGCGGAGGAUCCCGAGGAUAAAUAUCAUUUGAAGGAGAUCACUGAUGAGAGGUUGCAGAUGCGAAUCGAUACGCUACGCGAUAUGCUAUUUUAUCGAUGGGGCUCUACAGGCGUCAUCCGCGCCCUGCAAGCUGCCGCGAACGCGCUCCACCUGAUCCCCGUCUUCUCAGUCCGCAACAUCCACAACUUCAAAAACUCCGACACCGACGACGCGGUGUUCAAAGACUGCACGCUGGUCAAACGCGGCACGCCAGUCGAGAGCGUGGUGAGGCGGAUCAUGGGCGAUAUCCCGGUUGCGUUUAUCGAAGGGCUGGGAGGGAUUCGGGUUGCGAUGUCGGAUACGGUUGAAGAGGGGAGGAAUGAUAUCCUGUGUUUCAAGCUUGGCCGGUAG